GUGGCCGUUAAGAUUGCAUUUCUCCAGCUGGUUCUCACAUGGAGAAAUCCAGUCAUCAAUGGCAUUGCUGUGGUAUUCAGAAUAGUGAGUACAUGCCUGGGCAGCCCUCCGGAGACCUUCUGCUGGGAGUUCCGGGAUAAGGAGAAGAACUAUCACAAAUACGGCCCUGUGACACCGGUGCAGUUCUACAAUGAGCAUGUGAAGCCUUACUUCAACAUGGAGGACAAGAUCUGUCUAGUGAAUGAUCCUCGACCUCAGAAUCCAUACUACAGGCUGUAUACAGUGGAGUACCUGGGCAACAUGGUAGGAGGGAGGAGAACGCUCUAUAACAACCAGCCUGUUGAUGUCUUGAAAAAAUUAGCUGCAGCAUCUAUUAAGGAUGGAGAGGCUGUGUGGUUUGGCUGUGAUGUUGCGAAGCACUUCUAUGGCAAGUUGGGAAUCAAUGACAUGAAUAUAUUUAAUCAUGAGCUGGUGUUUGGUGUCUCCGUCAAGAACAUGAACAAAGCAGAACGAUUAAUCUUUGGAGAAUCAAUGAUGACCCAUGCCAUGGUCCUGACGGCUGUCACUGAGAAGGAUGGGCAAGAAGAGGCAUUUGAAAAAUGGAGAGUGGAAAACUCCUGGGGUGAAGACCGUGGUAAUAAAGGUUACCUGAUCAUGACUGAUGACUGGUUUUCUGAGUACGUGUAUGAAGUUGUGGUGGAUAAGAAGCAUGUACCAGAAGACAUCUUGGCAGUGAUGCAGCAGGAUCCAAUUGUUUUGCCAGCUUGGGACCCUAUGGGGGCUUUAGCCAAGUGAACUACAGAAUAUUUGCCUCUUAAUGGUCAACCAGAAGUAGAUGCAAUAGAGAAUUCCAGUGGUUGGAAGCCAUAGCCAAAUGAUAAUGUGACCAAGCACUCAGCAUGGUCCAUAUUCUUGAAAUGUAAGUUAAGGAUCUUUGGGAAAUAGUGCUUUACUGACUUGGUUGAAUAAAGCUCUCAGACAGGCUACUCUGCAAAACUAAAAAGGGAAAAGGGAAAAAAAACUCAUAAUGAAAAUGUAUUACAAGUGCUGUCAAUGGCAGUUUGAUUUUACCUUAAAUUUUUAAUAAAAAUCAGCCUAGUAACUUAGAAAUAUUUUGAUCAGUGUUUUCCCUAGAGAUGGUGGCCAUAAAAGGCCCUUUAGAAUUAACAGCUAGGUGCUUGUUAGAACAAAUACAUCGAGAUACUUAUAAAUUAACCAUCCAUGGUUUGACUUGUACCA